UCACAGUGGAUUCAACAAUUUUAUGAGAGUUGAAAAGCGUUCAGUGGAAAUUUAGUUUAAUAGGAGCAGUAAGCAAGUUUUAAGGGAAAAAAAAUACAACCUAACUAGUUAUCCAAGUAUACUUAGAACUCAGUAGAAAAACCUACAUAUAUAAAAGGAAAAUUUUCGUUUAAAAAGCAUAAAAAAAAUGGAAAACAUGGGAAUUAAAUAGUCUAAUAUUUCAUACACCAUACACAUUUUCUGCUUUAAGCAAAGAGGAAAUGCAACAAUUUAUAGCAACAAAAUAUAACAAAUUUAGAUAGGAAGGAAAAUAACAAGGAAGGAAGGAAAUAUUUAAAGUGAAAGAAAAACAAUUUCAAAGUAAUUUUCAUGAGCUUUAUACUUAUAUUAUUGGAGUGGAGAGAUUUUACCUUGUAUAUAGUUUGAGCAUACUUUAAAAAUUCAAAACUCAACUAAUCAAAAAUCAGUAAAGUGUUGUCUACCAAUUUAAUGUAUACCAAAAUUAUUUUAAUAUUAUAGUGAUUAAAAUUUUAAAAUAUAUAUAUACAUAUAUAAAAAAAUAUAACAGUGAUGACUAUAUAAAAUAAAUUUUAGUGUAGAAUAAUUUAACUUAAAAAAAAUAAAUAAAAAUUAAAUGAAUUUAUAAUUUUUAUCAUAAUUAAAUCAGUAUAUUGUGUGCUCUAAAUAUUUACUUAUAUAAUAUAUUGCGCCAUCUAAAUGUUUGUUCGAAAAUAUAAAUUAAAAUUAAAAUGUCGGACGUUGAACAAGUGCCCGGCGAUGAUGAUAUUGAAAUUGAUGAAAAUGAUGAUAGAACGUUUAGAAAUAAAUUACCAAAUUGUUUGAAUAAAUUUAUUAAAAUAGUAUUUUCGACACCAGGUUUAGUUGUUUUAGUUAUAUUAUAUAGUAUUAUGGGUGCAUUUAUAUUUCCAAUAUUAGAAGCACCAACACGUAAUAUUAAAAACAAUAUGGCAUUAGCAAAAUCACGUGAAGAUUGCCUAAGAGAAUUAUGGACAAUUACUGAAAAAUUAAACGUUCUCUAUGAAAAACAUUGGAAAGAGCUUAUUGAUGAACAAUUGCGUCGAUUUGAAGGAACAAUUGUUGCAGCAACACGUAACGGUGCCACAAAUGGAAUUGAAUACAAUAAAACAACAAAAUGGUCAUUUAGUGAAGCACUUUUAUAUUCGGUGACUGUCAUAACAACAAUUGGUCAUGGUAGUCUGACACCGAAAACAUCUGGAGGGAAAAUUGUUACAAUUUUCUAUGCCUUAAUUGGAGUUCCUUUAAUGCUAAUGUGUUUAUCAAGUUUAGGUGGACUUUUAGCUGAAGCACUCCAAUAUACAUAUACAAAAUUUUGCUGUGCAAGAAAUCGUAGAAAUGGUAGAAAUUGUAAUGAAAAUAGUGGUAAUAGUAAUGGUGGUAGUCGUAAUAGUUCAACAUCAUGUAUAGGAAAAUCUUCACAUGAAAUUGACUGUACUCUAUGUAAAUAUGAUGCCGUAAGCACUGAAACAAAACUUCAUAACAAUUAUGAAUAUACAGCAGUUAGUGAACGUGAUGAUUCAUGCCAUCUUUUACAUAAUUCACCAUUAAAAGUAAAUCAUAGUUCACCAUUAAUGCAAGUUAAAUCAGCUGCUAUUCAUCAUUCAUCACCAAUAAAACAAUUUUGUACAGUACAACAAACAAAAAUUGAUACAUCACCUUUAAAACAAUAUAGUAAUCAUCAACAUCAUCAUAAUCAAUUAAAUAAACAUAAUCAUUUACAUCAUCAUCAACAUCAAUAUUCACAUCAAUUACAGCAACAUGGAUCACCUCAACAUUAUCAAAUGACUUUACCAAAAAAUUAUCGACUGACAACGAUGGCAGCAGCUGCUGCUGCUGCUUCUGCUGCCGCUGCUACAUCAACAACAACAGCAAGUGCUGAUGGAUCAACAACAACAUUAUCUGAAACAAUAUGCGGUAGUACAGCAACACUAGGAAGUACUGUUAGUAUAGGAGUUUUAGGUGGUGGUAAUUCUGGUAAUAAUAGUGGUACCAUUACUGGUAGUACAAAUAUAUGUAUUCCACAUGGUACAGCAACGACAACUGUUUAUUUUCCUGUAGCAACAACAAACCCAAUUAAUAAUCAAUAUAAUUGUAAUACAUUACAUUAUAAUCAACAACAACAACAGCAGCAACAACAACAACAACAACAGCUUGUUAAAUAUCAUACAAUACAAUUACAACAGCAUGGUAAUGGUAGUGGAAAUUCAAGUGGUAUAAAUACAGCAACAAUAUCAACAAAUUCUGUUGGUAAUAUUAAAGUAAAUGAACAAUCGGUUGUUGGGCAAACAUCAGCGACUGUUCAUGGUAUUCGACGGGGAAAAUUCGUACCGAAACCAUUACCACAUGAAAUAAAUAUGCUACUUGCCGAAAGUGAUUUAUCAUCAUCAUCAUCAUUAAAUCAUCGAAAUGAUUCAACAAUAAAUAGUAGCAAUAGUAAUUCAAAUAAUAUUACAUGCAAUUUAGGAAUGUCAUCAAUAAAUGAACAAACAAUAAACUGUACAAGUAGUACAGGCGGUAUUGUUGAUAUAAUGGAAGAUGAAGAAGAAAAUGAACAAAACCGUAGCAUAAGUUUAAGUUGUCCACAUGGUACACCAUCAAGAAUACCAUUAUUACAAUCAUCAUCAUCCCCAGGACCUGGCUCACCAUACCGUAAUAAUGGAAUAGAUAUUGAAUUGGAAGAUAAAUCAAAUACCUGCCCACUUAUUUCUUCAACAACUUCAAUAGGAAAUAAAUUUAAUAGCAACAAAAAUACUAACUAUGAUAAAACUCAAGAAAAUGGAGGCAUUAAUAACAGUUCAACUGUUACUACUUUUCAACAACAACAACAACAACAACAAUCACAUCAUCAGAAACAACACCAUUCACAUAAUCAUCAAGAGAAUUGUAUUGAUGAUGAAGAUGAUGAUGAUAAUCAGCAUCGUCAUCAUCAUAACCAUAAUCGUCGUCAUCAUCAUCAUCAUCAUCAUGAGCAGCAACAAGUGCCAAUCACUAUAGUACUGUUCAUAUUAACUGGUUAUAUAUUUCUUGGUACAGUUAUAUUUGCAUUCUGGGAGAAUUGGAGUUUUGUAGAUGGUGCAUAUUUUUGUUUUGUAACAUUAUCAACAAUUGGUUAUGGUGAUUUUUUACCUUUACAUACAUUUCAUCAUGGUCCAGAUGUUCAAUUAUUUGCCUGCUGUAUAUAUUUAUUAAUGGGUUUGGUAUUAGUAGCAAUGUCCUUUAGUAUUUUAGAAACACAAUUGAUGUGGAAAUGUAAAAGAAUUGCUGUUAGAUUGAAGUUAGCUAAAGAUUGAUGUCAAUUUUUAUUCUUAAUCUGGUUCAGUAAAAUUAAUGUAAAAAUUUUCCAUACUACAAAUGCAAAUGAUAAGGGCAAUAAUAAUGCAGAGCAUAACAAUAUUGUCAUUAUUUUAUUGUUGAAAAUGUUUUUAGACAUGUCAACAACAUUAUCAUCUUUACAGCUAUUAUUCAAUCGAAAUUGUAUAAUUCAAUAUAAUUUUUUUACAUCCAUAUGCAUUCAGUUUAUGCAAUGUUAUGAUAUAGAGAGACAAUGAAAAGGACACAAAAUUGAUAGAAAUGAAUAUUGUUGGAAGAUAAAAUUUUUGUUUUUUUUUUUUUUCGAUUUUAGAUUUUUGUUUCAAAUCUUAAGAGCAGACAUUUUAAAUUUAUUAUUGUAAAUAUAUAUCUAUGAAGUUUUGUCAAAGGAUCAUUGAAAUUAUUUAUACAACAUGAAAAAUGGAAAAAAAAGAUAAUAAAAAAUUGAAUAAUUCUUAUUUUAAAUCUCAUUUGCAUAGAUUACAUUUUACGGUAUUCAUUAUGUACAACAUUUUAUUCUUACUAUAACUUAAUAUCGUUAACUAAACAUCGAGAUCACAAAUUUAUGUUAAGUGUUUUAAUAAAUGGUUGAAUGCACAGCAAAUUUUGUCCAAUUUGUCACUGUAUUCAAAACUGAAUGACUUGAAUAUCAAUCAAAGAUGUAUUCUUCUCAAUUUUUGUUCUAUAUUGACCUAUAAAUUUAAAAGAAGCAUGAAAAAUAUCUUUCCAUGUAUGUUCAAUAGCAAAAAUAUGUUCUUGACAUACUAGAUGUUUGUGAUGGUGAAUUAAUGCUUCAAGUCUUAAGUGGUUAAAUAUCAACGCUAUUACUACAAAUUCGUUUCUGUUUUCUGAAAUAAAUUUAAUAAUAAUUCUGUUGUAUAAUUAAUUAUUUAGUCACCUAUUAUUAUGUGCUUCAAUCAAAGUUUAAAAUAAGAUAGGAACUACUGAAAACUGUUCAUCAUUUCUUAAGAAUCAACGAAAAUAAUCUGUUCUCUUUUGUACAAAUUCAGCAGUUUUUAUAAGAAAUUAAGUUUUAAAUAAUUUUCAAUUCUAAUUUUAAAUUUUAUUCAUUUUGUUUCUUAUACUAAAAAUUUAUUAAUAAAUUUAAGAAAAUUAUGAAAAACAAAAUCUUAAUAGAAGAAAAGAUGCUAGGCGAAAACUAUAGGUUCAAAAUCAAAAAAAAAUUAAGCUAAGUAAAGAAAUACAAAUAACAAGGAACCCCUUAAAACAACGUUAAAGAAAUCAAAAAAUAAAAUUUACUCCAAAAAAGAAAAAAAGAAAAAUCUAAUUAUUUGUAGAAGAAAAAAAAAAAAUAUGAUUAUAAAAAUAAAAAAAAAUAAUGUAGAAAAUAAAGUAUAUAUAUUUAAAAAAAAGGAUAUUAAAAAAAAAUAUAUAAAAAUAAGGAUAAUAGUGAAACCAUAAAAAGCUCUUAGAAAAU